UUACUUUUCUAUAAAAAAAAAAUAGUUUUCCCAAAGAUCGAACACUAAAUUAAAAACAAGUUCAUACUUCAUUCAGGUUAAAAAUUAUAUUCUUUUUUCAGUUCUCCGUUAAACAAUUUAAUUUUCAUUAAAAACGAUGUACAAAUUACCUCGAAUAAAUACCGUCGGAUCAAUUUUGGCUAGGCAGAAGGCUGUAAGUCUUAAAACUUUUGGCCAUCGUCUGCAAGCUAUUAACACAUCAACCAAUGAAGUCAAACCCAAAUCUCGAUUUUUAUUUUAUAUAAUGGGCACUGUCCUCACCGGUGUUAUGGGCACAGCAGGGAUAGUUGUCUACUCAAAAAAUGAUCCAAAGUUUCGGGAGCUUUUAACCAAUAAUAUACCAGGUGCUGACAAGUUUAUAAAAGUCUGUUUAUUUGAAGAUACAGAAUUUGUUGACCAAAGUAAAAGAUUGGGAGGCCGUAUCGUCUGUAAGGUUGCGCAGCAAGUAAAAUCAAUAAAAGAGAGUAUUGGUGUUGAUGAAAAACAUAGUUUUGUGGAAAAAUCUGUAGACCAAAUUAAAUCAAUUACUAAAAGUUUUCCAUCAUCUGUUUCUUUGGCUUCAAAUAACGAACAAAGUAUGCCAAACAAAAAACAAGAAUCCCAACAAUCAAAAAGCCAACUACAGGAUGAAUCCAUCAAAACUAAUUUUAUACAGACUAAGCCUGAUGAAAAACAAGAACUCCCACCAGCACCAUUUAAUUUACCAUCUCACAAAUAUACAUUAGAAGAACUGGAAACUGAAAUUCUCAAAAAAUCUUCUCUGUGUGUUGGUGCUUUAAAAACUGCGACUGCUGCAAUAAAAGAAUAUUCUGAAAAUGUUUACAAACUCAUUGAAAAUACUACAGAAAACAUAGAUCCUAACUUAGGUGUUAAACUACAAAUCCUUGAAGAUAAGAAAAAUAUUGUUUAUAACAACGCAUAUGAAGAUGUAGAGAAAUACAGGAAAGAAAUAUCUGAAAACCAAAAACUACUAAGUAACUCUACAUUUGAGGUAACUCCUGAUAAAUUAGCCAAAACUAUGCACAGAACUAAUGAAGCAUUGGAUGAACUGAAUAAUGCCCGUAUUAUAUUAGAAAAUGAGGAACAUAAGUUGGGUUACAUAAAGAAAUAUAAGUCAAACAUCAAUGAAGCACAGGCCAGCUUGAGGGAUGAAUUUGAAUCAUUGUUUCCAGGUUCAGACAUAACUCAACACAAAAUUAAUGUAAACAAUAAUGAUUUUGAUAUAUUUCUUCUGUAUGCGUUGAAAAAACUUAACUAUUAUAAAGAUAAUCUUUCCAAACAAGAAGCAACUCUUGAUCGUAAAAUAAAUAAUGCAAUGAAUGCAGACUUUUUGAAUGUUGAAACUAUAAAUGAGAUGAACUCCCGUUUAAAUUCAGAAUUACAUAAAUUAGAUGAACAAUUUAAAUACCAGUUAAAUCAAUUUAACAUUAAAGUUGAUGAAGACUUAAGGGAACAAUUGAAGGCACAUAAGAAGGCACACGCAGACCUUAUAACCAGAGCAGUAGACUUCACCAAAGAAGAAUUUGAAAACAGAGUACGCCAAGAACUAUCGGCUAUAGAAAAAUUAGAGCGUCAAAAGUACCAAUCACAGUUGGAUUCAUUAAAAUCUGAUCUUCAAAACGUUGUUAAUAAUUUAAAUAGAGAAGUUGAAAAGGAAAAAAAACUAUUUGCCAAUAAAUCAAUUUGGGAAGCAAGCAAAUUUCUAAAAACUUCUCUUGGUAGUUCAAAUAAUGAACAACCAAUCAACAUAAAAGAUCAAAUAAAUGCUAUUAAAAAAUUAGGAGCUUCAGAUUCAAUAGUGGAAGAAGUAAUAAGUGCUCUUCCAACCAAAGCUCUUGAAAAUGGUGUUUUUUCUAAAGGCCAGUUAAAAGAAGAUUUUAACCAAGUAGAAAAAAGAGUAUAUGAGACUGCUCUUAUACCGGAUGAUAGUUUCAGUUUACCUUUAAUGGCAUUCAGUUAUUUGGCUAGCCUUUUUGUUGUCCAUCAUUCACAUAUUUCACCUAAUGAAGUGAACAAUGAAGAAUUUGAUCCCCUAGAAUUAAACACUUAUGAAAUUGUUGAGAGAGCUAGGUACUGCGUUGAUAGGGACAAUAUUUUACAAGCAUUGCGAUAUUUGAACUUGCUGACAGGAUGUUCACGGGUCGUUGCUAAGGAAUGGAUAAAAGAAGCCACAGUAUUUUUGGAAACAAAACAAGCUGUUGAUCUAUUGUUGUCUUACACUACAAGCAUAUCGUAUUCAUCUGUACAUGGCAAUUGAAAUGUAUUUGUUGUUCUAAUACCGCAAGUAGCCGAGUAAUUAGAGAGCAUAAUAAUUAAUGUUUCUAUUUGAUAGGCUAACAUAUUAUGUAUUUGUUAUCAAUUUUCUAUUAAGUAUUUUAUUCAGCGCUCUAUGUCAAAUUCCAAUGUAAAUAAAUAUUUUUAUUAUAUUUCACUGGAAAA